UAUCGUGGUGAGUUUCAGCUCUGCUCACAAAACUCCAGGAUCAUCACAGAGCUACUUUAAUAACUCAUCAGAAAGAGGGCAGAGACGAUGGGAUUUUGAACUAAAAGGAUAACAAACAUGAUCACAGACGCAUAACUUUUCAGCUUUUUAAUUACAAGAACGAGCUUAUCACUUUGCGCUGGAUGCUGAGAUGCGCACAAAGUGACGGAUUCAUCGCUUCUACAGUCCACAACGAGUUAUUCAACGCCAUGAAAGACGACUUUGCAGACGAGGAGGAAGUACAGUCUUUUGGAUACAAGAGGUUUGGGAUCCAGGAGGGCACCCAGUGCACAAAGUGUAAAAAUGAAUGGGCGCUGAAGACCUCCAUAGCUCUGCUCUAUGUGCUGUGUACUCUCCUUACCAUCGCUGUUGCUGUACUUGGCUAUAAAGUGGUGCAAAGAGUCGACAGUGUUUCUGAAGGUAUUGCAAACUAUGGAGGAAAGAUAAUUGCAUUUGAAAGUGCUUUAAAAAAUCUAGGUGAUCAAACAGGGGAAAAGUCAGAAAAUACCUCCACAGAGAUACAGGUUUUUAAAAGUAACAUCUGGACACUCCAGAGGCAGCUGUCUGCUGUGGAGGAACGCAUCCAUAACGAUCAAGUCAAGCUGAAUCAGCUGCAGAGCUUUGGCUCAGAAAUACAAAACAGCCAAAGCUCAAUUCAGGGACUGCUCAACAGCAAUACAGCCACUUUACGCUCUGUAAAUGGCACCCUGCAGUCUUAUGGCAGUAUCAUUGAGAGUCUGCAAGAGGACACAGCCAGGCUGCAGAGGGAGUUCCAGCAACAUGUGAAAAUGCAAAAUCAGGCACUGCUCAGCAUCAGCAACCUCAAUCUCACCCAGGCUCAGCAGAGAGGGCUCAUUGCAGCUUUGCAGCGCUCAGUAGACGGUACAAGCCAGGCUAUCCAGAAAAUGCGCAAUGACUUUCAGAGUCUGGAGCAAACAGCCCGACAGACACAAGCUGAUGCUGAGUGGCUUCGCAGCAAAAUGGAAAACCUGCAGGUAAUGGCUAACAAUGCCUCAACUCUAGCCAGGGCCAACAACGACAGCCUGGAGGAUGUGGGGGCUCAACUUGCUUUCAUGGCGAGCCAGCUCCAGAACACCAGCGGCCUGGCAGAUGCUCAUGACCAGACCUUGAAGGAGAUCAUGGACCAGCAGAGGGAUUUCAACAACUUCACGUCCACAAAGUUUGACAGGCUAGAAGUGCGGCUGGAUGAGUCCGAACAGAGUAUGGACCGUGUAACUGGCAACAUUAGCUUCACCACACAGCUGCUGGGUGCCAUCAAUCUCAAUUUGAAUGACUUGCGAACCUGUUCUGAGACAGUUGGACAUCACUCUGACUUGCUGCAGAACCUCAACAGCAGCGUGUCAGAUAUGAGCACUGAUGCAGCCAGACUGAAGUCACAACAGGAAGAGCUGGCAGCGCGUUUGGACAAGGAGGUCACCAGUCUCUCAAUUGUUAUGGAGGAGAUGAAGCUGGUGGAUACUAAACACUCUCAACUAAUUACCAACUUCACUAUUUUACAGGGCCCUCCUGGUCCCAGAGGACCUAGAGGGGAUAAAGGAUCUCAAGGACCUCCUGGUCAGACAGGUCAAAAGGGAGAAAAGGGAGAAAAAGGAGCUCCAGGGAUAAGAGGACCCAGAGGAGAGCAGGGUGCUCCAGGACCUCCAGGUCUUCCAGGCUUAAGGGGGCUGCUUGGUGUACCUGGUAGCCCUGGGCCCAAGGGUUCCCGUGGUUCAGGAGGCAGGGCUGGACCUCCUGGAGCUAAAGGAGAGCCAGGAUCUGCUGGUUUGCCUGGAAGAGAUGGUCAACCUGGUUUUCAGGGGCCACAGGGUCCACCAGGCAUCCGUGGCCCAAUUGGACCAGCUGGGGAGCAAGGACCAAGGGGUCUGCCAGGACCUGUGGGACCUCCAGGGCCAGUUGGACCACCUGGGACACCAGGAAUCUCUAUUCAUGCAGUUCCACUGCAGGAUGAGGUAAUGGUUCCUGCACUGAGGGCCCCAGGGUGCCCUAGCAAUGAGUGGGUUAACCACGGAGACAAGUGCUACUAUUUCUCCAAAGACCAGCACAGUUUUGAUGAUGCAAAAGCAACCUGUGAAACGAAAUCUGCAACAUUACUGAUCAUCAGUGACAUGGAGGAACAGAAAUGGCUGAAGAAGGAAACAGUUGGAAAAGGUUACUUCUGGAUGGGGCUGACAGACAAGGAGACGGAGAAUGUGUGGCGCUGGCUGGACGGGAAUGAACCAACUUUCACAAACUGGAAGCCUGGACAGCCUGACAACUGGGGCCACAGCCAUGAAACAGGAGAAGACUGUGCUGGCCUUAUCCGUGAGGGGCAAUGGAACGAUUUCUUCUGUGAAGAUCUCAUAAACUACAUCUGUGAGAAAGAUAAGGAGACCUCAAGAUCUACUGGAUCAUAGCGAUAUGCUGAACAGGAGUGCACAGUGAGCAGCUAGACUUCACCCAUGUGGUGCCGGUCAUGGAAACAUGGACAGUCUCCAUAGAGAGAGCAAAUGGGACAAUUCUAUUUCUUUCUCCUCCAAAUUGAAGCCAGUCCAUCAUUACCAGCAAGUGCAAUACAACAAAGAGGGAGGAGAACCUGUUAGUUAUUUUUAUAAAUUACCAAAUCAUCAAUUGAUUUAUAUAAAUAUAUAUUUUUUAUGGUUAUGUCAAAUGCAUUUUUUUAAACUGUACUCAAUGUACAACUAAAUAUCUGAAUGUAUAUUUCAUUAUGCAAGUUUUGUAGGUAAGUAUAAAUGCUAUGAAGCCAAGUGGACUUACUGUAAUGCUUAUGUAUGUUACUAUGAAAGAAAAGGUGCAAAAUGAUGCGCAAAGAACAGGUCGCUGAUAUGCUAUCCUCAAGGAAACACUUAUCUAACUAACCUCAAGUCUAUAUAGCAUUCUCAUUUAUGCAUAAGUAGGAAUAAUUUACACAUAUUCUUAAGAAAAUAUCACAAUUAACUUUGUUUUGGUCAGCAAGUUUAUACUUUAAUACUCUGUUAUUUUAUAAUACUUGGUUAAAUUACGUUUAAAAGUAGACAUUUCUCAAGACUUUCUGCAGUAAAAAUAGAAAAUUUUCUGCACUCAGGUUUAAAUUUUAAAAAUGAAGGAAAAACAAAUAAAUCUAAGAAACUGAGAGUGUGUGCAUUCAUUGUUUGAUUUUCUACAACCACAAAAAAAAGAAAAGAA